AUGAUCGUCGUCAGCUUGACGAUCCGGGCGCUCGUGAUGCUCCCCUUGGGGUUCUGCUGGCCGUCGGCUUUCCAAGAGAAAUUUCUCAGCGCUUUGGAUGUGGAAGAUGUUUUCUCUUAUUUUGGAACCAGCUCGGUGACUGAUGUACCCGAGUUUGUUGUUGCUGAGCCAACUUGCCCUUGUAAAGAAGAACAGAUUGGGCUGUCCUGUCGGAUUCAACAUUGCUCCAUUGAGGCCUGGGGAGAGCUCUAUGCCUUUGAAUUUCUAGAGGACCAUGCCCUCCUUUCCUCUUCCUUUGUGAGCAAUCAAGUGGUGAACUCUUCCUUUAGCUUACUGAGGCGAUUCUCAGGCAACUGCUUUGCAGGUGGAAAUCCACUGCGACCUCCCGGGGCUCAGUGUAGAGUCACUUACUGCGAAGGGCAGCUGCAAGGAGUCGUCAUUGCAGAUGAGGAAAAGAUUCAUAUCAGGCCUGUCAGAAACAAAGAUAUAGCCCUGCUGAAGGACCUCGGCUUCUCCAGACCCCAUAUUCUCUUCAGAAGUGCCACGAGAGAGGCAAAUACAGCAAGAGGGUGGUUUCCUUCUCGCCUGCAGAAGAGGGCUGAGGGAGCUGUCAAACAUCUGGAGCUUAUGGUCGUAGCAGGUCCAGAUGUUUACUUAUAUCACAAAGAGGACACGGAGAGAUAUAUUCUCACCAACCUGAACAUUGGGGCAGAGCUGUUGAGAGAUGCCUCACUGGGUGCACGUUUCAGGGUUCAUCUGAUGCAAAUGCUUGUUUUGAGAGAACCAGAGGCAGAGGUAAACAUCACAACAAAUAUCACCUCCUCGCUGAUCAGCGUUUGUGAGUGGAGCAAGAAAGUCAACCCCCAGAAUGACUCUGACCCCCAGCACGCUGACAUUGUCCUCUACGUCACCAGGUUUGACUUGGAGUUACCUGAUGGGAACAAGGAGCUACGUGGAGUAACUCAGUUAGGUGGAGUCUGCUCCUCCUUCUGGAGCUGUGUUAUUACCCAGGACACUGGCUUUGACCUUGGAGUCACCAUAGCCCAUGAGAUUGGGCACAGUCUUGGAAUUCCCCAUGAUGGUGAGGGGAAUCGGUGCAGCAGCAGUGGUUACAUCAUGGGGUCAGCAGGGAACCACAACAGCAUUGACCUCGCCUGGUCACAGUGCAGCCGAGAAGAGUUCCUGGCCUUUGUCAGCACAGGCCAAACAAACUGCUUAAAUGACCUGCCGGACACAGACGGCAGCAUCCCUGGAUGGAAGCCUGGCUUGUACUAUGGAGCAGAUGAACAAUGUAAAAUAGCCUUUGGGAGCGUUGCCACAGCAUGCACCUUUGCUGACAGCAAUGUUGACAUAUGCGGAGUUCUCUCAUGCCAUGUACAACCAGGAGACAAAUCUAGCUGUACUCGGCUUCUUGUUCCCCUCUUGGAUGGUACUGAGUGUGGAAUCAAUAAGUGGUGCUCCAAGGGACAGUGCAGCUCUCUGGAGGAACUGAACCCCAUGGCUGUAGUCCAUGGGCAGUGGUCGGGCUGGAGCCCCUUCUCCUCCUGCUCCCGCAGCUGUGGAGGUGGAGUUGUGAUAAGGCAGCGGUUCUGUAACAACCCCAGGUAAGAGGUGGGGAGUUGGGGAAUUUGUAAUGCUAAUUUCCUUUCAUUACCCAUUACGAUUCUCUCUGGGAUGCAGGCCUGUUUGAUGACCCAGCAGGACUUUAUGGCUGAACAAUGUGCCGCAACAAAUUUAAAACCGCUGUAUCUCACUGUAGAAGCGCCAUCCUUUUAUACCUGGACUUCUGCUGUUGGCUUUGCCAAAGGGGACCUGCUAUGCAAGCACAUGUGCAGGGCUCUUGAAAACGAAUUCAUGGUAAGCCGCGAAGACAGUUUCAUAGAUGGAACCAGAUGUGAGCAGGGUGACUCUGAACACCACGGGGCUUUCAAUCUGUGUGUAAUGGGAAGCUGCAAAGCAUUCGGGUGUGAUGGCCGGAUGGACUCCCAGAAGGUAAUGGACUCUUGCAAGGUCUGUGGGGGUGAUAAUACCACUUGCACCAGUAUCAGUGGAUCUUACACAGAAGGAAAAGCUAAAGAGUACGUUACAUUUCUAUCCCUGCCUUAUAACACCACCUUGGUCCACGUUACCAAUCGGAGACCACUCUUCACACAUUUGGCUGUGAAGGUUAAAGGAGAGUAUGUGGUUGCUGGAAAAGGAAAAAUCUCACUGAAUGUCACCUAUCCGUCAGUUCUGGAGGACAGCCAGAUCAAGUACAAAGUGUUUCUCACCAAGGACAACCUGCCAAGCCUGGAGGAAGUCCAUGUGGAUGGGCCAACACAAGAAGAAAUUGAAAUACAGGUCUAUCGAAGGUAUGCAAAAGAAUAUGGCAAUGCCACCAACCCAGACAUCACCUUCAGCUAUUUUGUCCCCAAAGAGAAUCUGACGUAUACGUGGAUUCCUCAGCAGGGGCCGUGUUCAGUGACCUGUGGGGAAGGGACACGACCAGUGGAUCAUGUGUGCUUUGACCAGACAAAGAAUGAAAUAACAGAGAAUCAGUGGUGUCUGGAGCUCCCACGGCCCCUUUCGGAGCACAAGCCCUGUGCUAUGGAGCCGUGCCUGUACAGGUGGAAGAUGUCUCAGAGAGAUGAAUGCUCUGCUGUCUGUGGAACUGGAGUUGCCCAGCAGAAUCUAACCUGUGUUCAGUUUCAUGAUGGAUUGGAGACUGUUGUGGAUGACAGCUUGUGCCCAGCAGAAGAAAAACCCCUCUCCGUUGUGCCGUGUGUGGUUAAUGUGUGCCCUUUGGGCUGGGACAAAGAGGAAGAUGCACACUUACUUCAGACUUCAGAGUCACUUGGGAAUGUCCAACUGGAAAAUCAGACCGUCUAUGUCUGGAGUCCUCUAGCUGGAGAGUGUUCCGUCUCCUGUGGUAGAGGUAAGACUCAGCUACACUAUGUAUGUGUGGCUUUUGACACCAAAGAAGAAACACAAGAAGAAAACUGUCAUCCAGUGCCAAAGCCAGAGAGCAGGGUGGAAGUCUGUGAUCUCAGUCCCUGCCCACCAAGGUGGCAUUACAAAAUGGGCUCAUGCAGUGGAAGCUGUGGAGGAGGUGUGAUGUACAAGGUCCUCUACUGUGCAAGGGAGACCAGGGAGAAGGCAGAAUAGAUUGUGGCAGACACCCAGUGUGGUGGUUUGCCUCGCCUAGAGGAGCAGGAGCUGUGUAAUUUGGAGCUGUGCCCUCCGAGAUGGAAGGUAACUCCAGUUGGCCCCUGUUCCUCCAGCUGUGGGCUCGGCUUAGCUGUUCAGCUGGUCACCUGUGUGCAGACUCACCAAGGCAAGGAGAUUUUGCUGGAGGAGCGUUUGUGUCCUGUGGCAGAGAAGCCCCUUACCAGUGUCCCCUGUGUCGUCCGAAUGUGUUCUUAUGAAUGGAGCUUCAGCGAGUGGACAGAGUGUUCAACUUCGUGUGGGAAUGGCAUUCAGACACGGCAGGAUUUCUGCCUCAACCCGUUAACCCGCAAGCACGUGAACCCCAUCUUCUGCAGGCACUUCCCCAAGGCCAUUGUGGUACGUGGCUGCUCCGCAGGGCCCUGUCCUGAGCAGGCGGUGGGGAACGGGUCCCACGGAGCAGAAUUGCAGACAGUGACACCAGCCGCGCACUUAACGACAGCUGCAACUGCCAAAGAGGCGAGAUACAAGGACCUGGAUCUUCCUCCAUCUGCUGUGCCAGCUGUGCCUCAGGAACACACAAAGGAGUCCAGUGGAGGUGUCUGUGGAAAGCUCUUUCUUAAUGCCACUGGGGUCAUCAACAUGACGGGUGUAGAGAGCAGCGACUGCACUGUGGCCAUCGGACGUCCUCUUGGGGAGGAGAUAACAGUCAGUGUCCUGGAGAGCUCCCUCAAUUGCAGUGCAGGUGAGGUAGUGCUGUUUUCUGGGCGAAUGAUGUGGCGGACAGGCUGCAGGAAGCUCCCUUUGUCACUGAUAAAUUCCAGAACGAAUACACUGAUUGUGAAACAGCGUGUCUUGCUGCCAGGAAAUGGGGUCAUUCUUCGGUACAACAGCAGAACUGCAACUAAAAAAUAUUACCAAGACUGUGACAAGCAGCUGUUUGGUCCCCAAGGUGAAAUAGAGAAUCCUGUGCAAUUGCCUGAUCGACAGCAAGAAGUAGUGUGUCGCACCUUCAUCAAUGUGGCUCCUCGGCAUCGCAUAGCUAUCCGCGCCCUAUAUAUUGACCUGGGCAAUAAGAGCAACCGAACACAUUUUAAUUACAUCCUGGUCCGUGAUGUAAGCACCAUGAAGACGAUGGUGUUCCAUGGGAAACAACAAUUCUUCUGGCAAUCAUCUGGAAGUCAAGCUGAAAUUGAAUUUCAUGAAAAUGUUAAGGAUCACCGGACCAGUUUCUGGGCUGAAUAUCAUGCUGUUGAGCCCAAAUAA